CCUGAAAAUACAGCCAUGGCAUCCCGCGGUGGUAGCAGCACCGCGUUGCGGCGGCUCAUGACAGAGUACAAGCAGCUCUGUUCACAAGGCUCUCCAGAUAACAUGUUUGAGGCAGGGCCGGUAUCAGAGGACGACUUCUUUACAUGGGAGGCCCUCAUCAUGGGUCCGAAAGACACACCCUUUGAGGGAGGUGUAUUUGCGGCAAAGCUUACUUUUCCUGUCGAUUAUCCACUCUCGCCAUUCAAGAUGAAGUUCGAACCUCCUCUCUUCCAUCCCAACAUAUACUCUGAUGGAACAGUGUGCAUCUCGAUUUUGCACACGCCCGGUGACGAUCCAACUAUGUACGAGCAAGCGAGCGAGCGAUGGAGCCCUGUUCAGAGUGUUGAGAAGGUUAUCCUUAGUGUCAUAUCAAUGCUUGCCGAGCCAAACCUCGAGAGUGGCGCGAAUAUUGACUGCUGCAAACUAUAUCGAGAGAAUCGGGUGGAAUAUGAGCGGAUUGUUCGUGAAUCCAUUAAGGAGCAGCUUGGCCUGUGACAUGUGCACGAUGAUGUGCAUGUUUCAACACAUAGAAGUUGCAGUACUGUGGUGAAGUGUAUGCUACCAACUAUCACAUGACAUGAUGGAUAAAGGUGGACAAAAUCUCAAACUGGUGGUCUUGUUAUAUUUCAGCACUCUUGAGCCUACUGUAGUUUUAUGACUGUAGUGGAUGUUGCACGUCACAGAGCUCUCAUCCUGUCUGUUAUUUUGCCUCUUUCAUAUGUCACAGAGAGAUCCAUCCAGUUGUGACACU